AUGUCUCUUUUCGUCAACGUUGUCUUUAUCCUGAAGCUUGACCCGAGCCAGACGGUGGCCAGGUCAUCUCUGGAAGAGGGCGACUGUCCAUCCACGUUUGCCGGGUUGAAGCGAGACGUGCCGGUAAAAAUCCAGCACGGAACCGAAUACACAGGGGACAACCUCACCCAGGUGACAGCUCUGUGGGAGGAGCUUAGCGGCGACCCGGGCGUCGUCGCCUUGCCAGAGGCCUACAUCCAGCAGCAGCACCUGCCACACGCGCUACGAUUCCCUUGGGACGAAGACAAGGGCGUCUAUCUCCUCCAGGGCUUCCACGACCUUCACUGCCUGCGCACGCUGUUCCGGUACGUCAUGUACACGGAGACGAAGCAGCCGCAGCGCAUCGCGCUGAGCCACGCGCUGCAUUGCCUGGACCAGCUGCGGCAGGGCGUUGUGUGCAGCGCCGACGACACGCCGCGCUACGCGGGCUUCCAGGACCCGCCGGGGACGGGCGCCGGGCAGGUGCGCAUGUGUCGCGACUGGGGUCGGCUGGAGCGGUGGGCGGCGGAGCGCACGGCGUGCUUCCGGCACGAGGACGAGGUGCCCGGGCCGAUGAUUGAGCGGUUCAAGUCGUGUCCGGACGGGCGGGUGCUGUGGCCGACGACGGCGGCGACUACAGGAGGCCACAAUGAACACGCUGCUCGGCAGACUUGA